AUGUAAACAUCAGUAGUGAAAGAGGAAGGUUCUCGUGAUAUGCCUUUUAAUGUAUAUCAAUUAUAACAAUGGAUGCCAAUCCAUUAUGCAUCAUAUUAGUAAAGAAUGGGAGCAGAGGCGAUAGAUUAUUAUUUCGGUAUCCUUAUUCAGACGAUAAUGCGUUGGAGACCAAAACUAAAGCAAAGAGACACAACCCUUACUCGAUGCUUGGGGAUGGCACACCACAGAGUUCGACAAUACGAUGCACAUCAAAUAUAUCUAAUGGAAAGUUGACUGGCUUUAGUGAUAAGGUUAUGUCAAACCUGUUUGCUGUUAAAAGUGAACUUUGCGACAGUAAAUUUGAACUAAAAGUAAAUGAUGUGAGGUUUGUAGGUCAUCCAGUUCGUCUUAACCCCACAACAACACAUGGUCGACAUCAAGACAGAAGAAAACCUUCAACAAUUAUCCUCUUUAAUAUUGUUUUUGCUCUGAAAGCAACCCUUAAUCACGAUGUGGUCAAUUGUUACCAUGAUUUGAGUAUGCGGCUAGGUCUGGCCUUGCGUCAUGAGGAGUAUCGGUGUCAGUUCCUGUCUUCUGAAGCAAGGAUAAUGCUAGCUGCACAUGAUGAGGCUUCUCAACUUCCAGAAGAUGGUCAGAUAUCACCUUUUCAACUGAUACUUGAUAGAAGUCUGUUUGCUCGUCACCUAAGACAAGUUUACGAGGAGUUGUGUGGUUCAGGUAUUGUUCAGUUACGCCUUAACAAGUGGAUUCAAGUGAGCUUUUGUUUACCUCAAAAAGUUCAUCAUAGUCUAGCAACAGGAAAAUUUAUUGAUUAUGAAGGAUUGUUAAGGGGACUGCAAACUCUCAAGCCUUAUCAUACACUCCUGUUGUUGGUGGAGCGCUCAGAGCUACUGCGGUCUCUUUCUGCUGAUGCCUCACCUGCUCUACGACGGCUACUUCAUGUUGAAUCAGCACUUACACCAUUUUACACCCUUGCUGCUGAUGCAGACUUGACAUUACCUCAGGUGUUUAUGCUUGUUGGACAUUUGGUAUAUUGGGGUAAAGGAACUAUAAUUUACCCUGUGUGCAGUACAAAUGUCUAUGUACUUUCUCCAAAUGCUCCAACAGUUAUCAAUAGUCAACUAGCAGAACGAUUUAGUGAACAGUUUCCUGGGUCUUCUCUUCAUGCUGUCUUAGCAGAGUUCUCUUUCCCCAUCUCCCUGAGUGAUAAGUGUCAUCCUAUGACAUACCCACACCAACAGCAAGAACAAGUGCAGCAGGUGCUGUGGUUGCUGAAACAUGGCUUACUUCAGCAGCUGCAUACCUAUGUCUAUCUAGCUCCUCCACCAACAUCCUCCGAUUCAGGAAGUGGACGGCUCAGUGGACGUGAAAUAGGAGGAACAGGGCAGCUGGGGAGUCAUGGUACAAGUUCCCCUGCAAGUACAAGCAUACCAACUCCAACAGUUCAUGAGCCUCCACCACUGUCUCAUGAUCCUCCCUCACUAACCCCUCAUCCACAGCAGUCUCAUCAGGCAGAUAUCAUAGGGGAUGCACUCCACCAUGCUGCUGUACAGCUCAGUCAGCCAGCGUCUGAAAGUGAUUUAGGCUCAGUGUGUAGUGAUGAGCGGAGCCCCAGUCCAGGUGUCAGUCUUAACACCAUCCCGGAGGACUACAUCCGCCGCCGCCUUGAUACAUUUUUGUCGCCAGCAGAAAAAGAAAUGGUCAUGAAAGUAGAAGCUGCUCAGAAUCCAGAAGACCUCAAACUGUUUGCCAAGCUGUGUGUGUAUUUCCGGGGACGUCAUCACCUAGAGGAAAUGAUGUAUAGAGCUAAUUUGUGGAGAUCUGAACUACUUCAAGCAAUUGACAAAUUCAGACAAGUCCUUAUUACAUGUCAACACCCAGAUGAUUCCUUUACGCUCACAGCUCACACCAAAUGACUCUUCAGUAAUAAGUGAAUUUUCAUGGUAUGAAGUAGUGGAAGUGAAGGAAGAUUGCGAUAAAACUGACCGGCUUGAUUUCUGUGGCUUCGGAUAAGAAUAUUCAAAUAAUUCUCAGGCAUCUUCUGGUCACAGUUUAUAUGGAUGAUGAUAAUUUUGCUUGUGUUGAUGAAGGAAUUGAUUCUUUUGUUACAUUUCAUUCAAAAAAUGUUAUGCGAUUCCAAUGUUUUGAAAGUUCUUGAAUGUUAUAUAUACCAAGUUUUGGUAUGUUUUUCUUUUUUCUUUUUCUUUUUUCUAUAGAUUAAUACUAAAAUGAAUAAAGUAGUUUUUCAUACUUCAGCAAAAUGUAUAAUUUUUGACAAAUUGCCUUUUUAAGAUUUUUUUUUCUUUCUUUUUAGAAAUAAAAUUAUAAUACACCAGGUAGGAAACUGACAGUGCAACAUAAUUUACUCCAAUGUGAUUUUUAACCCAUCAGUCAUAGAUUCUACCCUGUACUGCUGUUUUUUUAUACACAGAUGUCUCUAAAAGUGCUCAGCCACCAUGGAGUCAAUUAGUAGCCUCUAUCUAACUACAUCUAAUUUCCCCAUUCCAUGAAUUUAGUUUUUUUUUUUUUUUCUAAUGCUAUCAAUAUUGAUCUCACUAUGAUAUUAUGAUUAUUAUAAUGUUAUUAACUUACUAAUAACCAUAAAAAAUAAAAAGGAAUCUUUAUUAAAAUACCCAUGCAGUGAGAUGGGUAUGACUAAUAAUUGACUUGGGUAACUAAGCACUUGUGAGCCAUCAAUAUGUGAACACAAUUAAUAAACCAAAAUUACAGUGAACAUUACACUAUGUCAUGCCAUCUAUGACCAAUGGGCUAACUACCUUGUAUAUCAGGUCAAGUAUUGGUAAUUCAAAAUUACAAUAUUUCUUGUAUUUAGAACAUAUACUAGGGCUGGUCAUUACCUUUUAAAACGUGUACAUGGUAUUGAGGAGUUGGUAUGUGGUCCAAAAAGAACUUUAAUUAUGUGUACUUGUCAUAUGUAUAUGUUAAGUGUGUUACCCUUGUUUUAAAUAAGUUCCAUGUGGUUACCAAAUGGCCCAGGGGAUUCAUCAUCCCAGCCUUGCUGCCAAGCAAAAACUGGUGGUGGGGAGUCACAUGCACAAACUCACAAAAGGUUGCUAAUUGGGAACUUGAUUCAUUACAUAUUAAAAUAUUGUGUGUUUUUGUUGUGGCAAAUGCACUGCAUGCAUUAGAAUUAACUAUUGAAAAAUUCCAAUGUUAUAAUGGUUGCACUUGAGGAAAGGUAUGUGAUAUUCUAAUAUCCAAUCAUAUGCUUGUGUACUAUUUUUAUUUAAUUUAUUAAUUGCUUUUACACAUAUAUUGCUCCACAAAUACUAAGUCACCACUGAGCCAAUUACAAGUCCUGCCUGUCUAUUUUUGACAAUAUUUUCUGGUAUCUUAUAUUUCUGUUAAUAGUGUCAAUAACACUAUAAUAAUUAUAAUGUCUAAUAUGAAAAUAAUAGCACUGAUAUUGAUAGCAUUAGUAAAAAUAAACAAUUUUCCCACAAACUUAAGGAAAGCUGAAAUCAGGUGACAUCACAAAGUCUACUAAUUGACUCCUUUGUGGCGAAGCACUUGCAGAGCCAUUAAUGUGCAGAGACAUUUCACAGAACAAUACCACAAAGAACACAUUUUCCCAGUGCCAGUGGGAUAAGGUUCACAAAUGAAGGUAUAUAAACUGUUAAUAAAUUUCACAUAACUUAUAAUCAUGUAAAGGAUAUAAUGAAAAAUUAUCUGUAUGUAAACACUGUCUUUGAAUGAAACUGAAGAUUAUAAACACUGUAUUUAAAUGAUAUUAAUUAUAUAUCCUUUAAACCUCAUUUUUUCAGAAGGAAACACUCAUGGCAUAAAACUAGUAUUAAUUACACAAUCUUAUUUUUACAUAUAUUAAAAAGGUGCAUUAUUUUUAGUGAGGCUGUUUUGCUCAAUGAUUAUUUUGUCAUAACUGAAAAAGAAGAUUUUAUAAGUAUUUCUGCUUGUAAAAAUUUUUCUUUUCAUCAAUAUUUAUAGUGAAUGAGAGCUUCCAUUUUACAACCUUUACCUAUAUUCUAUAUAUGAUAAAAUAAUUGUCAGGUGUUAGUGGAAUGACUGAUUGGUUGGAGAACAGUAUAUUCAUGUAUCAAGAAAUUUUACCAAUUGGGUCUAGUUACAAGAGAUUUCUUUCUAUGGUACAUAGAUGAACAUAAAACUUAAUAUCCUGUUAUAGGUAAAAAGUUGUUUAAGAUGCCACUAUAGAACAUAUGUUUCCUACAUGGACUUCUAGUUAUUCCAUAGCAGACAGAAGAACAGAAACUCCUAAACAAUGUACUGCAUAUGCAACAUUUUCUUCAUGCUGCAGAUGGCUGUCACUUCUUAAUGUGAUGCUUCAUAUUUUAAAUGAAUAUUCAAAGGGAGUUACUUGAAUACAGUGUUAAAUCUUGCUUAGCACUGGCUCAGCUAUCAUAAUUUUUUUCUUUCUUUUUUUUCUUUUAUGGCAUCAGACAUAUAGGAUAGAAAAAAAUAUAUGGAAAUGUAUGGUACUUUUAUUCAGCUAUAAAUAAACAAGGUUUCUUAUUACUAAUUCAGUUAAAGCUGCAAUUUUAAAGAACCCAUUCAACUGUAUGUGAUAGAAUGUUAGCUGUAUAUUUCUACAGAUAUAAGUUAGGCUAUCUUUAAACAUCAAGCAUUUGUAUAAUUAUAAUAGAUUGAAGUUUGUAAGAUGAUCAUUUUACAAAGUGCUGUCUAUAUUAUUUAUCUGUGAUAAUGGGUUGGGGCAUGUGCCUAAUUAUAAUCUAUGUAAAGAUGUGAUUUAUAUUAAAUUGUAAUAUUGCCAUAUUGACAGCACAUGCUCAUGCAUUCUUGUACCAAAGUAGAGAAUUGAUUAUAAAUAAAGCAAAGAACAACCUCUCA